AUGUUUUAUCCGAGGGACAAAGUGCUUUUUCAAGUCGAGCCUGUUUCAGUUCUUUCUUUCUUUCCUUCUUUCUUUCUUUUAUCAAUUCUCAGUUUCAGUUCUUUCUUUCUUUCUUUCUUUUUUCUUUCUUUCUUUUAUCAAUUCUCAGUUUCAGUUCUUUCCUUCUUUCUUUUUUCUUUCUUUCUUUUAUCAAUUCUCAAUUUCAGUUCUUUCUUUCUUUCUUUUUUCUUUCUUUCUUUCUUUUAUCAAUUCUCAGUUUCAGUUCUUUCUUUCUUUCCUUCCUUCUUUCUUUCUUUCUUUCUUUCUUUUAACAAUUCUCAGUUUCAGUUCUUUCUUUUUUUCCUUCCUUCUUUCUUUCUUUCUUUCUUUUAUCAAUUCUCAGUUUCAGUUCUUUCUUUCUUUCCUUCCUUCUUUCUUUCUUUCUUUCUUUCCUUUAUCAAUUCUCAGUUUCAGUUCUUUCUUUUUUUCCUUCCUUCUUUCUUUCUUUCUUUCUUUCUUUUAUCAAUUCUCAGUUUCAGUUCUUUCUUUCUUUCCUUCCUUCUUUCUUUCUUUCUUUCUUUCUUUCUUUUAUCAAUUCUCAGUUUCAGUUCUUUCUUUCUUUCCUUCCUUCUUUCUUUUUUCUUUCUUUCUUUUAUCAAUUCUCAGUUUCAGUUCUUUCUUUCUUUUCUUCCUUCUUUCUUUUUUCUUUCUUUCUUUUAUCAAUUCUCAGUUUCAGUUCUUUCUUUUUUUUCCUUCCUUCUUUCUUUCUUGCUUUCUUUCUUUUAUCAAUUCUCAGUUUCAGUUCUUUCUUUCUUUCCUUCCUUCUUUCUUUCUUUCUUUCUUUUAUCAAUUCUCAGUUUCAGUUCUUUCUUUCUUUCCUUCCUUCUUUCUUUCUUUCUUUUAUCAAUUCUCAGUUUCAGUUCUUUCUUUUUUUCCUUCCUUCUUUCUAUCUUUCUUUUAUCAAUUCUCAGUUUCAGUUCUUUCUUUCUUUCCUUCCUUCUUUCUUUCUUUCUUUCUUUCUUUUAUCACUUCUCACCUUCAGUUUUUGCUUUCUUUCUUUCUCUUCUUCCUUUAUCAAUUCUAAUCCUUUCUUUCUUUUUUUCCUUUCUCUCCUUUCUUUUUUCUUUUAUCAAUCCUCAGUUUCAGUUCUUUCUUUCUUUUUCUCUUUCUUUCUUUUUCUCUUUCUUUCUUUCUUUUAUCAUUUCUCAGUUUCGUUUCCUUCUUUCUUUCUUUCUUUUUCUCUUUCUUUCUUUCUUUCUUUCUUUCUUUCUUUCUUUUAUCAUUUCUCAGUUUCAUUUCUUUCUUUCUUUCUUUCUUUCUUUCUUUCUUUCUUUCUUUCUUUCUUUCGUUGAAUUCUCUCUUUUCUUUCGUUCUUUCCCUCUGUCAUUUAUCAGCGUCUUCUCUUCUUAUUUCUUUCCUUAUAUCACAAGCACAUAUAUUUGUUGUUUGGAUGCGCACGCAUCAACGGUAUACGUAGAAGAGGGCGUAUGUGAGCCACCUACCGGGCAAAUUGUUAAGUAG